AUGUCGACUGAUAAGAUCACCUUCUUGACCAACUGGCACGCUACGCCAUAUCACGCUCCUCUCUAUCUUGCUCAGAGCAAGGGAUACUUCAAGGAUGAAGGCAUCAAGGUCGCUCUUCUUGAGCCCAAUGAUCCUAGUGACGUCACUGAGAUCAUCGGAUCUGGCAAGGUCGAUCUCGGCUUCAAGGCUAUGAUCCAUACUCUUGCCGCUGCUGCCCGUGGCUUUCCAGUCCAGUCAAUUGGCUCUCUUCUCAACGAGCCCUUUACUGGCGUCGUGUACCUCACAUCUUCUGGUAUUACUCCCGAAUUCACCACCCUGAAGGGCAAGAAGAUCGGCUACGUCGGCGAGUUCGGCAAGAUUCAGCUCGACGAACUCACUGCGCAUUAUGGCAUGUCACCCGAUGACUACCAGGCCGUCCGUGUUGGUAUGAACGUGACGCGUUCCAUCAUCACUGGCGAAAUCGACGCCGGCAUCGGUCUCGAAAACGUCCAGAUGGUCGAGCUUGAAGAGUGGCUCGUCAGCCAGAACCGCUCGCGCGACGAAGUGAAGAUGCUGCGCAUCGAUGAGCUCGCUCAACUCGGCUGCUGCUGCUUCUGCAGCAUCCUCUACAUCGGCAAUAACGCUUUCAUCGAGCAGAACCCUGAGAAAGUCCGCGCCUUCCUUCGCGCGUGCAAGCGCGCGACUGACUUCGUCCUCGCGUCCCCUGAUCAAGCCUGGGAGGAGUUCUGCAACUUCAAGUCGGCCAUGAACACGCCUACCAACCGCAAGAUCUUCGAGCGCAGCUUCGCGUACUUCAGCCCCGAUCUUCAGAAUGUUCAGCGUGAUUGGGAGAAGGUUACCCGCUACGGCAAGAGGCUCGGUGUGUUGGACGACAGUUUCAAGCCUAACUACACCAAUGAGUACUUGGCUUGGGGUCUGGAGGAGGAAGCUGACGACCCUACUGGCGAUCAGAAGAGAAUGGUCGAGCUGCAGGAGGGUGUGAAGCAGCAUGGCGGGUUCAAGCGUCUCGAGACCAUGUCUGGCAAGACUGUCAUUGGAGCUGCCGCCCCCGCGUCCUAA